AAUAAAAAAAAAAAAAAGAAAAAAUCCCACAAGAGUUUUGAGCUAUUAUUUUGCAAUUAGGAGGGAUUUGUUGUGGUGAAGGCUUGACAAUGUCUUACAAAGAAAGUAACAAAGGCUCAGUCGUGGCCAUGGAUAAUGGGAAAUACGUUCGCUACACGCCCGAGCAGGUGGAGGCUCUUGAGCGGCUUUAUCACGACUGCCCUAAGCCGAGCUCUAUGCGCCGUCAGCAGCUCAUCCGUGAAUGUCCCAUUUUAUCCAACAUUGAGCCCAAGCAGAUCAAAGUUUGGUUUCAGAACAGAAGGAGCAUAGAUUAUUUGAAAAAAGAAAGUUAUAAGUUGAAGGAAACUGUGGUUAUUAAUUUGAUUGAUGAAUACAGAUGCAGAGAGAAGCAAAGGAAAGAGGCAUCAAGGCUUCAAGCUGUCAACAGGAAGCUUUCGGCCAUGAAUAAACUCUUGAUGGAGGAGAAUGAUAGGUUGCAAAAACAAGUGUCACAGUUGGUGUAUGAGAACAGUUACUUUCGCCAGCAUAAUCCCAAUAAUGCACUUGCUACUAAAGACACUAGCUGUGAAUCGGUGGUGACGAGUGGUCCAAAAAACCACUUGACACCUCAGCAUCCGCCAAGAGAUGCUAGUCCUGCAGGGCUUUUGGCCAUUGCAGAAGAGACUUUAGCAGAGUUUCUUUCGAAGGCUACUGGAACUGCUGUUGAGUGGGUCCAAAUGCCUGGAAUGAAGCCUGGUCCGGAUUCCAUUGGAAUCGUUGCUAUUUCUCAUGGUUGCUCUGGCGUGGCAGCACGAGCGUGCGGCCUAGUUGGCCUAGAGCCUACCAGAGUUGCUGAAAUCUUGAAGGAUAGGCCUUCAUGGUUUCGCGACUGCCGAGCCGUCGAUGUCUUAAAUGUGCUGCCUACUGCCAAUGGUGGAACGAUAGAACUGCUCUACAUGCAGCUAUAUGCGCCGACAACUUUGGCGCCAGGUCGUGACUUUUGGUUGUUACGCUAUACUUCUAUUAUGGAUGAUGGGAGCUUAGUGAUUUGUGAAAGAUCACUCAGCAAUACCCAGAAUGGUCCUAGCAUGCCGCCAGUUCAGAACUUUGUGAGGGCAGAAAUGUUUCCCAGCGGUUAUUUGAUCAGACCUUGUGAUGGAGGAGGCUCGAUAAUCCACAUUGUGGAUCACAUGAAUUUGGAGAUUGUGCCUCAAGGGUGUUCAUUUGUGAUUAACCCAACUUUUAUCAUGCUGAACCUUUUGGCAUGGAAUGUUCCGGAGGUGUUACGCCCACUCUAUGAAUCUCCAGCUGUGCUUGCUCAGAAGACCACAAUUGCUGCUCUUCGCCAGCUCAGGCAGAUGGCCCACGACAUCUCACAGUCUAGCGUGACCAACUGGGGCCGAAGGCCAGCAGCUUUACGUGCACUUAGCCACCGAUUGAGCAGGGGAUUUAACGAGGCUCUUACUGGGUUCGGUGACGAAGGGUGGUCGUUGAUCAGUAAUGACGGCAUGGAUGAUAUUACGAUUCUUGUGAAUUCCAGUCAAGAAAAAAUGAUGGGCUUGAAUAUAUCCUUUUCUAGUGGAUAUCACUCGAUUUGUAAUGCUGUCUUGUGUGCCAAAGCCUCUAUGCUUCUACAGAACGUGCCUCCCGCAAUAUUACUGAGGUUCUUACGAGAGCACAGAUCUGAGUGGGCAGAUGUUAACGUAGAUUCUUACUCAGCUGCCGCGGUUAAAACUGUACCACCUUGUACUUUCCUUGGUCCGAGGUUCGGGAAUUUCGGGGGUCAAGUUGUUCUUCCUUUGGCACAGACUAUCGAGCAUGAAGAGGCAAGCAUUGGCCAUUCUCCUGAAGAUGCAAUGAUGCCAAGGGACGUGUUGCUUUUGCAGAUGUGUAGUGGGAUGGAUGAAAAUGCAGUCGGAACAUGUGCAGAGCUCAUAUUUGCUCCUAUUGAUGCCUCUUUUACCGAUGAUUCCCCUCUUUUGCCCUCUGGUUUUCGCAUCAUUCCUCUUGAUUCUGGAAAGGAAGCCACGAGCCCGAAUCGAACCCUGGACCUUGCUUCUGCUCUUGAAAUCGGGACAGCUGGCAGUAAAUCAUCACACGGCAUGUCCAAUGCAAGUGGGACAUCAAGAUCCGUUAUGACAAUCGCGUUUCAGUUUGCUUUCGAAAGCCACAUGCAAGAAGAAGUGGCGAACAUGGCCCGACAAUAUGUUCGAACCAUUAUUUCAUCUGUACAAAGGGUGGCUUUGGCUCUGUCCCCAUCAAACAUGGGCCCAAAUAUCGGGCUUCGGCUGCCGCUUGGAACUCCUGAAGCCCAAACCCUGGCCCGUUGGAUCUGCCAGAGUUACAGGAACUAUAUGGGUGUGGAUCUUCUCAAAUCAAAUGGCCUGAGCAGUGAAUCUAUACUUAAAGCUCUUUGGCAUUACUCGGAUGCGAUUCUUUGUUGCUCCUUGAAGGCCAUGCCCAUUUUCACGUUUGCAAAUCAGGCUGGUCUGGAUAUGCUGGAGACUACACUUGUCGCACUUCAGGACAUCUCUCUGGAAAAGAUAUUCGACGAUCAUGGCCGAAAAAAUCUGUGCUCCGAAUUUCCACAGAUAAUGAGUCAAGGUUUUGCAUCACUUCCGAGUGGUAUAUGCUUGUCGAGCAUGAGCCGGCCGGUGUCCUACGAAAGAGCAGUGGCUUGGAAAGUGAUGAAUGAGGAAGAAACUGCCCAUUGCAUCUGUUUUAUGUUUGUCAAUUGGUCGUUUGUUUGAUCUUUUGUCGGCCAAUAUUUAUGUAAGAAACCCUUGACAGUCUGAUGUUUUUUUCGUUUUUAGUUGACUACUAAAACAGUUGUGAACCUAAACUUUUAUCGUUUGUUCGUCUUUUGGUUUGAGUGGUUCCAGGAUGAAAAAACUCAUGUUUGUGGGAUGAUGUUUUGUAAUUGUACCUCUACUUUUUGAUUGAACUUCUUUAAGUAGACCUUUUGUGGGAUUAUGUGUUGAUUAAAGUUCAAACAGUGUGGCACAAAAUGAAAACUAAACAAGAAAAAUGGUUAAAAGCUGUGUAAUAGUGAUUAGUGAGAUGUGUGAAGAUCUUGAAGAA